GAACAGUGACCAGCUAGCCAGCGGCACAUUCGCAUUCUCUCUCAGACACAACCAACAUGAAGCUGCUCAUCAUCAGUUGCCUGCUGCUGGCCUGCGGACUGAGCCGGGCCAGCGUUAUACCUGCCAGCACGGGAGUAGCCGCCAUUCAAGGGCCCGCCCUGAUACCUGUGGCUGGGAGCCAUCAGUUUGUGGCCCGCAACUACAAUGGCUUCUAUGUGCCGACGACGGCUGCAGCUUGGCCAGCUUGGACGCCUUAUCCCAACACCUACUACAAAUACAGUGGAGGUUAUCCCACCUACAGCUAUCCUAGCUUCAGCUAUCCUUAUGGCUACUAUCCCAGCUAUAACUAUGGCUAUGGCUAUAAGAGUGUCUGGUAAGCCAUAAUUAUGGGAAGGUACAAACAUAUUUGAUCAUGCAAUUAUUUUUAUGUGAUAAUUGACAACUUUACCAAAUCACAACCAAAUCAAGCUCAUAAAGCAUUAUUUGCUGAACAAAAUAUACAG